GAUUAGCUCGCUUGGAACUACAUGUCCCAUGAUGCACUGCGAAAAACGUGUUUUUAUAGGAAGUGCCCUGUCGAAGCAUUAGUGUGUCAUCCGGUUGGGGAGUGGAGGACUGGGAACAGGAUUCCGGCAGCAAACAGUGUUAUAUCAAUGCACAGAUGUAGACGGCUGUGUUGGCUGUAAACGGACGAUGCUGUGACCGAGAGAAGCCCAAACAGACUCUGUUCUAAUAAGGUUACCAUCGGUCCCAGCUUGCAUAAUCUGUAACCCUCCUUCGGUCCGGGGCCAUGAAUAAACAGCCAAGCAAGGAGAGCCUUAAGGACAAGGUGAAGGGGAUCUUUGGUCUGGGACCACCUCGGCCACCGAGCAAAAGCACCGAUGCCAAGCCCUCAGAGUUCAUCAUUACAAAUGACAUUCUCAAGGAGCUCCACCCAGACUGUGGUCUCAGCAACCGUGUUCGCAUGAUGAACCACAUCUGUGAUCUUGCCAAAAUGAAAAAGUUUGAGGAGAAUGCGGUGGAGGCGGUAUGGAUGGCAGUGGAGGACAUGCUGACUCCAGAGCAGCCACCAGAGGCGAGACAUGCUGUCCUCCAGCUUCUGAGGGCCAUUAUACAAGGACAGGGUGAGCGGCUCGGCCCUCUGAGAGCUUACUUUUUCAAGGUGAUCAGAGACUACCAGCCAUCCAACGAGGACCUCUCCGACAGACUGGAAGUGUUCAAGGCCUUAACUGAGAAUGGGAAGGACAUCACGUACCUGGAGGAAGACAUAGCACGGUUUGUCCUCUUGUGGAUGGACAUAGGUCUCACUGCCGACUUUCUCCAUGUUCUUGUAAAUCUGGUGAAGUUUAACAGCUGCUACCUGGACCAAAACAUCUCCAUCAUGGUUCAGAAAAUCUGUCUGCUGUGCAAUAGAACGACAUCUUCAACAGAUAUUGAGGUGGCUCUACAGGUGUUGGAUGCUGUCGUGUGUUACAACUGCCUGCCUUCAGAUUCUCUUACUUUUUUCAUCAUCACACUCUGCCGCACAGUCAACGUUAAGGAGUUUUGCGAAUCUUGCUGGAAGGUGAGUCUGAUGAGGAAAGUUCUGGGGACUCAUCUCGGCCACAGCGCUAUUUACACCAUGUGCCGCAUUAUGGAGGAGAAGGUGUACAUGGAGGAUGCACCGUUGCUGAGAGGAGCGGUAUUCUUCGUUGGGAUGGCACUUUGGGGCGCACACAGACUCCCUGCCCUCAAAAACACACCAACACUCGUUCUGCCAUCUUUCUACAAGGCCAUGUCAUGUGCCAAUGAGGUGGUGUCCCAUGAAAUCGUCCUCUCCAUCACCAGACUGAUCAAGAAGUAUGGCAAAGAGCUGCAGGUGGUCACAUGGGACAUCCUGCUGUGUGUCAUGGACCGACUGCUGCAGCAGAUUCAGACAAUAGGCAGCGUGGAGCUGAAAGCCAUCGUGUACGAGCUGCUGACCACAGUAGAAGAACUGUACGAACAGAACGGUUACCACGGCUCCACGGAGAAGUUCUUCAGUCUAGUAGAGAAGUGUGCUGACAAGAGACCUGAUGCAUCCGUGCUGACUCUUAUAUCAUAUAGGGCACAGUCUAUACAACCUGCCAAGGACGGCUGGAUCCAGAGCCUUCACCGCCUCAUGGAGAAAUUCUUUAGAAACGAGAGUCGUAGUGUGAUAAGGAUUAAAGUACUUCACAUCCUGUCCUUUGUUCUCAGUACCAACCGACAACUUUAUGAGGAUGAGCUGAUUGAAAUGGUCGUGAUCCCUCAGCUCAGCGGGAUCGCUGAAGACAGGGAUCCAGCUGUCAGGAAACAAGCUACGCAGCUUUUGGUGGAUCUUGCUGAGGGUUGCAACACGCACCACUUCACCAGCUUGCUGGAUGUUAUCGAGAGGGUGGCGAGUCGUUCUCUGGCAUGCUCUGGGUCCCUAGAGGUUUCUGACAGAGACCCUACAGCAGAGUCUCCUAUGGACGAUGUCAGGACCGCUAUCUUGGGCCUGCUGGAAAUCCUGCAGAGCAAACUUUACAGCCUGCCAGCCAGCCAUGCGAGUCGUGUUUAUGAGAUGCUUAUCAGUCACCUGCAGCUUCACUACAAGAACAAGUACUGUUCAGCUAUCGCUUCCACGAUUAGACUACAGGUGUUUGACUUCUUCCUGAUGAUGCGUGCAGACUCUCUCCACCGUAUAGGAGUUCCCAACAAGGAUGGAGCCAUUAGAUUUAGUCCGUACUGCUACUGCGACACGGGUGAAGCAGAAAAGCGCGUUUGCGAUAAGAAGCCGACAGGAUCUACGUCUCCUCCCGCUGGCAGUCCUGCUCCUGCUGCUGCUCCUCCAGCGUCGACGCCGCCGAUACGUUCUGCUUACCUUCCCUACGCACACGCCUUCAGCAUUUUACUGCAGUGCCUCAAGAUGGAGACGGAUUGGAAGGUGCUAAAGCUCGUUCUAGACAAGCUGCCUUGGACGCUGCAGUAUAAAGUGCUGCUGCGCGCAUCGCCGUGCAGCUUAGACCAGCUGUGUUCCACGCUCUGCUCCAUGGUGACAGAUCGUCUAAUCUCUGAGCGGUUGAAAAAGACCCCAGAGGGGUUUUCACGCACAGAUGUUCAGCUGGCAGUGGUUCCUGUUCUCACGGCGAUAACCUCUUACCACAACUACUUGGAACAGUCGAGACAGAGGGAGCUGGUUCAGUGCCUGGAGACUGGUCUCAUUUACCGCUGUGCCAAGCAGUGUGUGGUGGCCCUGACCAUGUGCACGGUGGAAAUGCCAGACAUCAUGAUCAAGCUCCUCCCUGCUCUCAUCGUCAAGCUCACACACAUUUCUGCAACGGUUGCCAUGGCAUCUCCUAUGCUUGAAUUCCUCUCGACUCUGGUGCGCCUCCCUCAUCUUUAUGCCAACUUUGUUGCGGAGCAGUACGUUAGUGUAUUUGCUAUCUCGCUGCCCUACACCAACCCCUCCAAGUUUAACCAGUAUAUUGUGUCCCUGGCCCAUCAUGUGAUUGCUAUGUGGUUCAUACGCUGCAGACUUCCCUUCCGCAAGGACUUUGUGCAGUACAUCACAAAGGGUUUGCGUUCCAACGCCCUGCUGCCAUUUGAUGACGGUCAUGAGCAAAGCCCGUUUCGUGCCCGGAGCACCAGCCUUAAUGAAAGGCCCAAAAGUCUGCGGGCGGCAAAAGUGGCAAAGGCAGCCGCAGCUGUAGCCAAUAGCAGCAGCUCUCCAGUUAAAGAGCUGAGGGAUCUUUCAGCCAUGGACGCUUUCCGCUCCCGCAGCAUCAGCGUCUCCGAACAUGCGGUCCGCAGGAUGCACCCCUCAACUACCACUUGCAGUUUGGGUUCUGCUGAUGAAAAUGCAGUAACUCAGGCAGACGAGGGGCUCAAAACUGUCCACCUGGAGCUGACGGAGACCUGUCUGGACAUGAUGGCCAGAUAUGUGUUUUCCAACUUCUCUGCAUUGCCAAAGAGGUCUCCCAUCGCAGAGUUCCUGUUGGCAGGAGGUCGUAGUAUGACCUGGUUGGUGGGCAACAAACUGGUGACCAUAACGACCAGCGGGGGUGUCAGAACGCAAGCGCUGUUAGGCCUGGACAUGUCUGAACGUCUGGGAGGAGGAGGGGAAAUGACCAGGUCAGAUCCGUCGCUCCACACCCGAAUGACCAAAGAGGCUCCGGCCAAAUUGGAAUCGCAGUCCAGCCAGCAGCAAAACAGGUCCACGCGCACACGCGUCCGCUCCAUUUCAGGUGGCCACGCUUUACGUGCAGGCCCUGCCCAGAGUCUCAGUCCUCUGGUGUCCCCCUCUGAAGGAGAGUUGACUACUCCUCUUUCUCCCUCCACCGGUCCCCCCCUGGAUAGCACGGGCCCUCCAUCCUCCAGCUCGACUGCCCCAUCUGCUCCUCCUCCUCUCAAAGACAACCCGAGCCUUGCUGAGUUUGUCCCAAUGCUCACACAAGGCUGGGCAGAGAUCUUUAUACGCAGACCUUCAGGUAACACGAGCUGGCUGAUGUGUCUGGAGAACCCGCCCAGCCCCUUUUCCUCCGAGCUCGGCAACAUGCCCCUGCAGGAGCUCUCCAGUGUCUUGAUGGCAAUGGAGGGAGUGAAGGAGGCUCCCGCCCAGACGGCCAGCGCUCCAGCCAGCACGGCCGCUCCGGCGCCCACAUCCAUCACCGAACCCUUAACUCAAACCCACAGUAGCGUUGGAGGGAAGCCGCACCUGAUUCAGCGCUCCAACACCGUGGGCGGCUCUCUCUGGUCUCUGGGUGUGGGCAGUGCCCACCCAGGCCCUCCAGCUCCUGGCAGGUUGCACAGGAGCAUUUCCUGGGCAGAUUCGGUGGUUGUGCUGGAGGAGGGAUCAGGGCUCACCUCGGCAAACACCACGCCUGAUUGGAUGGAGAGCGAAGAGUUUGAGACGUUGCCUUCCGACCCCAUAUUUAUGUCUGCCGAGAAGUUCACCAAGACUCCGCCACCAGGAACGCUCAGCAGGUCGUCUUCCACGUCCAGUCAAGAUGAUGAAAAGUCAACUCUGGAAGAAGUGAGUGAAGGAGCAAUUCCCAUCGAUCAGCCCACUGUGGGUCCGUCCACCCCCGGGAGCCAGGGCCCUGAACUUCCGUUUCAGAGCCACUCUCAGUCCCAGGGUCACGGACUCAACAAGUCCAGCUCCUCUCCAGAGCUGCAGACGUUGCCCGAGGCCUUCACCAAGGCGGCUCUGGAGUCCGAGAGUGCGCUGGGCGAAGCUCCUCGACCCCGGGCACCUUCAGAAGGCAAGCCUCAGGUGCAGCAGGCCCAUUUUGAGAAGGACAAAGUGGAGGGAGGCGCAGGAGGAGACGUCAACGGACUGGGGGGCCAGAACCAAGGCGGAGAAGGCUCGGGGUCUUCAUCUCAGAGCGGAGGAGUGAUGAGAUUGGCUUUUCCAGCAGCGCCAGCGCCAUCAGGCCCCAUCUCUCCCGGCGGAGGCCACCGACCCCGUGGUCACACCAUCUCUGUGUCAGCCCCCUCCUCCAGGAGAGAGAGAAGGACAGAUAGGGACUCCUACCACAGUCGACCCGGACCCAGUAGCAACACGGAAAAAAUCGCUGGACUGAGUCCCAGCUUUGUCUUCCUGCAGCUGUACCACUCUCCGUUCUUUGGGAAUGAAGCCAACAAGCCGCUGCUGUUGCCCAAAACUCAGGUGAUAGACCGUGCUGUGAAGGUCCUGGACCAGAUGCCUCCUUAUGACACCCAUAAGAUCGGAGUUGUGUUUGUAGGAGCUGGUCAGGUCAACAACGAGGUGGCCAUUCUGUCGAAUGAAUACGGCUCGAACCGCUACGCCGCCUUCCUCACAGGCCUGGGGAAAUUAAUCCACUUGAAGGAUUGUGACCCCGACCAGAUCUUCCUUGGAGGACUUGACCAGUAUGGAGAUGAUGGAGAGUUCACCUACUGCUGGCAUGACGACAUCAUGCAGGCAAUUUUCCACAUUGCCACUCUGAUGCCAAACCGAGAGAGUGACAAAGGGUGCUGCAAUAAAAAGCGACACAUUGGCAAUGACUUUGUUAUGGUGGUGUACAAUGACUCGGGAGAAGAAUACAAACUGGGCACUAUCAAGGGCCAGUUUAACUUUGUGGAGGUCAUUAUCAAACCACUGGAUUAUGAAUGUAAUCUUGUCACCCUCCAGUGCCGCAAAGAUCUCGAGGGCUUAGUAGACACGACGGUGGCAAAGAUCGUCUCAGACCGAAACCUGCCACUGUUAGUUAGGCAGAUGGCCCUGCACGCAAACAUGGCGUCUUUGGUUCACCAAUACAGAGCUAACCCCUCCGACGCGUACGCUUCCAAGUGGCUGGCAAGGUUACGACACAUCAAGAGGAUCAGGACCAGGGCCCAAGAAGAUAUCCAGUCUCGGGCAACACCUGGUAUUUCAUUAACCCAGGGACACACGCAACAGACAAAGUCUUUCCAGCAGAGCAUGCCGGCAUCCAACCCAGAGACCUCUGGGCAAAGAAAAAGACUUGUUUCCACUGUGGAUGAUUUCACCGAUUUUGUCUGAACUCGUGUCUUGUCCUGGUAGACGCACUCACACAGACGGGGUCUAAGCUUGUAUAUGUAAUUAAAAAGUGAUAUUUAAAAAUAAAAAAAAUUAAAAA